AUGGAUAUCCCAUCUAUCGUGGGUGCUAUUAUUCUCCUGUUUGCUGUUAGUUCAGAAUCAACAUCAAUAGAAGCUCUAUUGGACCCUCCAAUGGAAUCAAAGAUAACACAAAAACGAGCAGUAACCCGAAGGAAUGAAUUAGUGGAGUUCAUAGAAGAAAAGCUGGUUCAACAAAGCCAAGCUUUGGAGUAUAUAAUUAAUAUUAUUAAGAAAAAUGAGGGAAUCAUGGAAAAAUUGGUAGAGAAUCUAAGCAAGACGAUGCAGCAGCCCAAAAUGCCGGAGAAGAUUGAGUCAACCAGACGUUCCUUUAACGACACAAACAUCGUUGAAGAAGAUACCGACAAGAAAUUGAAUAGAUGGUGUAGUAUUGGUCUCCUUUGUGUUGGGUCUAAUGAAUCCGUCUGUGGAUACGACGAGAACUACGGCUACGGAAAGUUUGAUGACAUUUGCCAUAUGGUGCGGGUGAACUGCUACUGGAAGUAUGAUUUUUCUAUGGUGCCUUCGUGCGAACCAACGGUAUAA